CUUUGUGUGAUAUUUUAGUCUGCCAGGGAUGAAUGCAGACGUCCCCUUCUCUAAACUAUUCUCUUUUCAGAGCCGGCAGCCCCUUGCUGAGUUGGUCGCAAUCAUUGUUUCUCUGCAGCAUUAACCACAUUCCACAGAGGCGCAGCGCAUCCUGUCUUCAUCCCCGCAUUCCUUUUACGCAAACGAGUCCCUUGUGUAAAACGGUAUUUUAUUUAGGUUUCAGCACGCUGGGUGAGCUCAGACUUAUAUACAACGGAUAUUUGUGGCGUAUCAGAUUAUCCAGCCUACUUUAAUUUCUGCCACAGUGGCCGUGAGCGAAACUAGAGGAAAAACCAACAAGGGGAAAUUCCUCCGCGCAGCGCGCCAUUGACUGUAAAGACCUUUCAACUUAACAAAAACUGAAGUUGACAAACGUAUCCCUGUCGGCUGAAACUGUGAGAAAGAGUUUGUUUUUUCGGCGAAGGGGGCGAAGCAGGAGAAGACGAUGCGGCACACGGUGGAGCUUUCUGAGUACGUCGGUGGUUUUGUGUAAACGAGCGACGGCUGUACCGCGGCGUUUUGUUUUGAUUUCCAUGUGAAAUGCAAUUAGUGCUCCGCGGUGCUCGCUAGUUUGGCUCGCGGAGCGGAGCACACUCUGAACUUGUUUCUCGCCUCGGGAACACAACAUGGAGCACUAUCAGGAAGACUUGGGACUCCGGGCCAGUAAACUGAUGGAGGACCUUUCCCUGUACGAUGCGUACAAAGACGGGAUGUACAACGCGAGGAGAGACUUGGUGAUUAACCCCGAUUUGGACUUUUCGGCUCCGGCGGUAGCGGAGCAUAAAAGUAAGCCAAUGAAUGGUACCUCUGUGCUUCACCAGCAGCAUCACACAGUGGAGAAUUUCACGUCUGGGAAUAAAGUGUACAACGCGGCUCCGGUGCGCCCCGUGAACUGCAACCGGACCGUUCCUGUGGAUUUCUGUGCUCCUCAAAGAGACGCGGUUUAUAGUGAGGAGGGCUGCUGCACCAAAUCCGAGGUGGCUCUGCCGUGCUACACCGGCGCUUCCGAGAGGCACAGGAGGUACUCUCUGGAGGUGCAGGGCCACAGGUACAGCACCGGCUCCACCUUCGACGGCGUGCCUCUCAACAAACCGGUGGCUCUGCCCGGCAACAGGUGCAACAGUGUCUGCAUCACCAGCAGCCACGACGGGAGGUACAACGCCACCAGCCCCCGGUCCAGCCUCGCGUCCUCCCUGUCCUCCCAGGAGCAGAGCAAGCAUGCCAGCCCGAGGUCGAGCAUCAGCAGCCCGCGAACUAGUUUGGUGGUACCGGGUCAGGACAGGUACACGAGCCCCAGGUCUAGUUUAGUUCACUGCGAGGGCAACAGUGUCCUCAGCCCCAGAUCCAGCUAUGCAAGCACGGCCAGCGACACGAGUAAACACUCCAGCCCCCGGGCCAGCCUCAACAGCUGUGACUGCUGCAGUAAGCCCAGCAGCAACCGCACCAGCGGCAUCAGCAUGGGCUACGACCAGAGGCACGCCAGCCCCAGGUCGAGCACGGCGAGCCAGUACUCCUUCACCACCAGCCCGAGGUCCAGUUACUCGGACUCACGGUACGGGCCCGUGGUCAACCAUGACCUGGAGGGGGCGAUUCUGCACGCAGCGCCGCUGGCGAGUCCUCGGUCGAGCAUCUGCAGCCAGGACGGGAGCGCAAGACCGGGGACCACGGCCAACUGCGUGGUCAGUCCCCGGUCCAGCAUCUCCAGUCACAGCUCCAGAAGCUCCCGCAGCUCUAGGGGGUCUAUGAGCACCUACCCGGACCUGCAGCUGCCCUCGCCCAGGUCGUCGAUGCUGGGCAGCAGUUUACACGAGGACACGCUGCUGCAGGAGUUCGGAGACUCCAACGGGAUCCAGAGUCGCAUCCAUCUCCAGGGACUCUCGGCGGUGCCAGAGCCCCAGCAGCAGUCAGCCCAGACGGGAGGGACUGCGGAGAUGACCGCGGGGUCGCCAUCAUCAUUUAGUUAUGGGGUGUCUUCGAAAGCGGCUUCCUCGGGCCAGAGGUUCAAGCUGCCUUACCAGGUGACCCCCAGCCGAGAGAACGGGCCAAGCCAGGCGGAGAGACGGCUGGAGGCGCUCACCUUGGAGCUGGAAAAGGAGUUAGAGAUGCACAUGAAAAAGGAAUACUUUGGUAUCUGCGUCAAAUGUGGGAAGGGUGUAUAUGGAGCCAGCCAAGCCUGCCAGGCCAUGGGCAACCUUUAUCACACAAACUGCUUCACCUGCUGCUCCUGUGGGCGGAGGCUGCGAGGGAAAGCGUUCUACAACGUCAACGGGAAGGUAUAUUGUGAGGAGGAUUUCCUGUACUCUGGUUUCCAGCAGACAGCUGAGAAGUGCUUUGUGUGUGGGCACCUCAUCAUGGAGAUGAUCCUCCAGGCGCUAGGCAAGUCAUACCAUCCUGGCUGUUUCCGCUGCGUGGUGUGUAAAGAGGGUCUAGAUGGAGUGCCUUUCACUGUGGACGUUGGGAACAACAUCUACUGUGUCAAAGACUACCACACGGUUUUUGCUCCCAAGUGUGCCUCUUGCAACCAGCCCAUCCUUCCAGCCCAGGGCUCUGAGGAAACUAUCCGGGUAGUUUCCAUGGACAAGGACUACCAUGUGGAGUGUUACCACUGUGAGGACUGUGGUCUCCAGCUAAACGACGAAGAGGGCCACCGCUGUUAUCCACUGGAAGGCCACCUGCUCUGCCACAGCUGCCACAUCCACCGGCUCCAGUCACAGGUCCCUGCCCACCUGCCCCCCACCUACCCCCUCCACGUCACAGAGCUGUGAGGUGGGAGUAGGGUGGACAGCAACCAAGCCCCGCCUCCCGGGUGAUCCGAGACACCAGCAGCAGGAAAAAAAAAAAGAAAAGGCCCCGGCCCCCUAAAGCAGUUUCAGGGAAGCCCUUCAUCGACUUCCUCUGUCCUCAACUGGACGGCCGGGCUGUGGACCAACACACACAGUGCAGCUCCUACCACAAGCCCUGCUGUCACAUGACAGGGCUGGGAAAAAGACUCCCCCUCCUCCUCCAUCUGUGGUCCCCCCUUCCCCUGGGGUGCCUAAACCCUGAAAGCCAACACGCCGGCUCACCCAGAGGCCCCCGGUGACGUCACACCUCCUGACCCCUGCACAUUCAUCAAAGAGAGAGCUUUUAGAUUGGAGCACGCAAACUCGUCUCUCUCCUUACUUCCCGCUCUUCCUUUCCAUGUUUUUCAUUCUUGAGCUCUGACUGAAGCGGUUUACCGCAGCGGAUUCACCGGUGCUGUCACGUCUACAGAGUGCUGCCGAUGUCGGUGUCGGGGAGGCCAGGGAACGAGCCACUACAUUCCGGUGCUGGCUGGACCGGACAGACCCCAGGGUGGGCGUGCUGUGCCUUCAGAGCGGGCUCUCUCCGUGCAGCUUCUAACACUAAAAUGGAGUCCUGCUAAAGGCUAUGCAAAGGACACCCAGCAUCACGACACAGGGCUGUGAGGAAAAACUAUGAACUCAUCGCUCCUGACCCUGACCCUGCACCGCCCCGAAAUAACAGAUGCACCGUAGCACCACAAGCCCAGAGAACUGACUGACAUUCCACUUAGAAGUCUUAGAAGAGACCUUGAGAGAUUCACAAGCAGUGUCUUAAUUAAUGAUUAUAUUAUGACAGAAAAAGAAAAUUUUAGAUGCACAUAGAUUGUCUUUUAUAUAUGAAUAUAUAUUUUGCAGAUGUUUUCCACAUAAGAACAUAGAUGUAGAUUUUGUUUUUCUGUUGCUGCGCUCGCGAUAGAUUCAGAGGUGAAACAUGCUGUCUGUCACGCAGUCAGAAGCUUCUGAAGAUUUUGGGUCUGUUGUAUCAUUUCUGUUUGAGGACACAGAGCCUCUUCAUGUCUGUCAGUGGGUCCCAGAUCCACAGGCUUUGUAGGAGCAGACCUGGCUCAAAUAGAAAUUGCCUUCAGUUUUAUUCCACUCUGAGUACCAAAUUUGUCGUGUCUAAAUCAAGUUUUUGGCAACAAAUGUGUUCCUUGUAGACUGCAUGUAGACUGUAGACAGCUGUAACACACUCUACAAGUCAGACAUUUCUGCAUACCUUAAAUUUCACCGUCUGGUUAAACCUGAGGCAGUUUGUUACUAAAGUUACGAGUUACUAUUUAGCUGAACUGGUCAACCUCUCCAGUACAUUCAUUCAUUCAUUCAUUCAUUCAUUCAAUAAAGUUCUUUGUAACCCAGGUCCUACAAAACGUAACCAUGUAUGCAUGUACCUUAGCACUGAGACUUUUUCUGACCUUCGCUCUAAGUUGCGCCUAUUUUUACCAAGUUAACACACGGAGCUGUAAGAUUAGGAUUUAAGCUUAAUCUUCAAAGCUGAGAGCUUAGCUAGAAAUUGGUCUUUAAAUGCUAAGAUUUAGGACCCUUGGUAGAACACUAAAAGACUCAGCAGUCAUCAUAGAAAUCAAAAGCGAACUGUAAAGAUUAGAAGUAAUAUAAAGCUCUGUCGUAAUAAAAAAAAAUAACGAAAGAACUCUGAUUGGAAAAGAUUUGUCCAAACAUCAUUAUGUAACAAAUUAUAUAAAGUGUUAGUUGUGUGCACCAGGAGCCUCAACGGAGAUCAAAAUCAGGACUAAAAAUCAUUAAUGAACAUAUAUCUAUUCCUUAUUUAUACUACCAAAAGUCAUUUUCUGUCACGGACACUGUAAAUGUGGCAUCUGGCCCGUCUGGUACUCAAAGAAGGAAUCAAAACAAUUUGAGUGAUACCUUUUGCACCAGGUCUGUUCAGGACACUGUUUCCUGGUAUGUUUUCCCAGACACUGGUUUUUGUCAUAUGAGCACUGAGAACACAGUGCGUUACUACGAGGAACCUCCACUUGUCCACAUGCCUUAAGACAGAACAGGUAUGUUUGUGUGUCUCACAGUCUGCUGUUGUGUUUUGGGAGGACGUCCCUGAGAACCCGGAGCUGCUGGUCCCACCCGCGCUUUUUAGAGGAGUCCCCCUCCCCACAUUUCCCUUGCUGGUUGUGUGCGUCUGUGUAUGUGUGUGUGUGUCUGUGUAUGUAUGUGUGUGUGUGGGCAGGCACUUGCAUGUAUGUGUUGCAGUGGGUCCUGCGUGUGUGUGUAUAUAUACCAAACAAAAACUGCAUAAAACUCUGAGCUAUGGGGGUGCUGGAAAAAUGGUCUCACCCCUCCCCACUUAGUUACGGUCACUGAUGAAUUUUUUUUCAGAUUGGCACUCAAUAGGUCCUUCCCCUGUAAGAUGUUUUAGGGAACUUCUGUUUUUGAGGAAAACUCAGCUCACUCUUGCACCGAGCAAAAAUCUGAGCUGCUGCACAUUUAUGCAUUAAACCCCAACUACGUGUGCUUAUUUCAAAUAUGAGCUAAUUGUGUAAAAGUGUUUGUAUGAGUGUGUGAGAGUGUGUAUGUGUGUGUGUGGGCUUGUGCUAGUGGCAGGGCCAUGGCACAAGCACCUCACCGUGUUUGCAGGGCAGCCAGCACAUUGACCCCUGCUCUCUCUGUUGUAACCCAGUGAUGAUUUUGAUGACUGCGUUUGUUCAUCACCUUCUUUCCAGAUGUUUUUGUCUAAUUCUUGGUGUGUGUGUUCGAACGUCUGUCUAGUACUAUGUUGGUAAGGUUUACACACGUUCCAGUAGCUGGUAUAUCAUUCUCUGACUGUGGCAAACUCCAUCCAUCUGGUAUUAGAACAAGAAUAAAACAAUCACCAAGUAUUUUAUGCAAACACUGGCCCAGCUCUUAUUCAUACUGUAUUACUGUACACGCAGGUCUCAAUGAAUACUACUGAAUGUGUCAAAAACGGACUGAAGGCAGGGGUCACCACAGGCAGAAAGUGCUUUCUUAUGUAACCUGAUGUGAUGAGAUUCAUUCGAAUGUAAUAAUGAUUAGUGUUUGUAUAUUUGUAAAAGCAGAAAAGAGAAAGGACUGCAUAUGUGAGACAUUCCCCCCUUGUCAUUUGAUUAACCUCAGCUUUGUACAGGGGUCCUGGUCAAGUAAUGUGUGCCAUGAAUGAGGGUUUUUUUUGUUUACUCUGCACAAUAUCAACCCCCAAGAAAAACUUAACAACAUCAGAGUGUAUCCCCUUUUAAAGAUGUCUUAAUUCACCUGUUUUAAAAGUACUACUUCAGUUUCUAUUGCAUAGCACACAGCUAGUUACCCUGUACAUAAAGAGGCUAGUUUUUUAUUUUAUUUUUUUGUCAAAAAUCACUUGGAAAGAGAGGACUUCUUCUCCUACUGGUAGUUCCAACAAGCACAUCUCGACACCUGUCACACAUCUUUUGUAUCGCUAAGUGUUUUGAUUACCUAGAUGGUUCAUAAAAAAAGGAAACUAGAUCUAUUUAUCUAAACAUGAAAAAAGUCUAAAGUUAUUUAAUGUAUUAAAAAUCGGGACGUAUCAUUUAACUGUAGAUGACAUAAUCUGCUUUUUCAAUAAAGUGGUUUUGUAGCUAACUGCAAAAAA